UGUGAAUUAAAUGCAUACCCACACCCAGUUGUGGUUAUCAAUACAAACAGUGUAUGUAAACAGCUACCUGAAUAUAUAUAUAUCGUAUAUCUCCGCUGGACAAAUUUAGAACGAUGGCGGAUUUGAAGCAUGUCGCUUGCUCAGCUAUCGACAAGUAUGCCGAUGAUCUACACACUCUCAGCAAAGAGAUUUGGUUACAUCCCGAGUUGAACUUUGAGGAAUUCUACAGUCACGAUUAUUUGACAAAGUUCCUGGAGGAUUCAGGUUUUCCCGUGGACCGGAAAUACAAGAAUGAAACAGCCUUCCGGGCUACUCUUGGAGACAAAACCCAAGGUCCGCACGUGGCUGUUCUUUGUGAAUAUGACGCACUUCCAGGGAUCGGUCAUGCCUGUGGACAUAAUUUGAUUGCUGAGGUUGGGGUGGCGGCAGGAUUAGGAAUCAAGGCGGCAUUUGAAUCUUUUGGGAAACCGUUAGGACAGUUGUCUGUGAUCGGCACUCCUGCAGAAGAAGGUGGCGGCGGUAAGAUCGUAUUGUUGGACCAAGGCGUGUUUGAUGGGGUUGACGUAGCGAUGAUGUCACACCCAGCACCAAUGGAUUGCCUGUCAGCAAGCUUCAACGCAGUGAAGAGAGCAAUAAUUACAUACAAAGGCAGGGCGUCACAUGCGGCCGCGUUUCCAUGGGAAGGCGUCAACGCUUUGGACGCAGCUGUGAACGCAUAUCAGUCCGUGUCUAAUCUCCGGCAGCAGAUGAAACCAACAUGGCGUGUUCAUGGAAUAAUAUCGAAAGGAGGUACAAAGCCAAAUAUAAUACCCGAGGAAACAGAAUUGCAGUAUUAUUUUCGAGCGCCAUCUCAGAAGGAAGUUGACAUCUUGACGGAGAAGUCCAUGAAGUGUUUCGAGAGUGCUGCCACGGCAACUGGAUGCACAAUUGAGGUGAAGUUUGAAGAACGAAAUUAUCUCAAUGUCAUCCACAACACGUCUCUCUUGAAGACUUUCGAAAAAAAUAUCAAAACGUUGGAACACUUUCAAGAACUUCCGGAAUCAGAAUUUCCAGCAGGUGGAUCCACAGACAUGGGGAAUGUUUCGUACGCCGUUCCAAGUAUACACCCUAUGUUCUACAUCGGAAGUGACGCAUUGAAUCAUACACGGGAAUUCACUGUAGCAACAGGUGACCCGGUGGCCCAGCCCUACACCCUGGAACAAGGAAAGGCUCUGGCCAUGACCGCCAUUGAUGUCUUCACUAACCCAGAUUUACUUCAGCAAAUCAAGGAAGAUUUUACAAAAGACAUGGCGAUCUACAAAUGAUACCACUGAAAUAUACUAAAGAAAACAGCACAAAACCUGUGUCCACUGAAAUAUACUACAAGAGACUCAAUAGGACUUAUGUAUACAUUUUCCAGACUAUUUACGUGUUUGAAAAUAUUGGAUUUGAAUUUAUCAAAGCGAGUUUAUUAAUUUUCUGUCAACGACAGGUUUUUACAAUGACUUCCAAUGUGUAAUGAAUAAGAUGUACAUCU